ACCUAAACCUAAACUAAACAUAAUAUAAAAUCAAAGAACCAGAAGAAAAACAAGGAAACAAAAUAAAAAUCCCACCAACCUCUCCUCAAAUCUCUCCCAAACCGAAUUAAUUGGUCGAUGCUUCUUCUUGAGAGGCAAGUUUUUGUUGAACGUUCUGUUUCUCUCACAUGUCUUAUUCAAUUUUCUCCAACAUCUUUGAUAAAAAUAAAUCUCUUCAUAAACCCUUAAUUGCUUCUUCCCGCAGAUUUCCCAUAAAACCCUUUCUUCUUUAUUUUAUAUCCCACAAGUUGAAUUAACUUCUCUCUCCUCACCACGAUGGGUGACUCUUCGAAGGUGUUCCUAUUCGGGUCUUUCACUGAGGACGAAGCCCGUUCUUGGCAGAGUGAGACACCGCCCACUACCCAAAAACCCGUCAAAAUCAAAGAAUUGAAAAACAGUCCCCGAAACAUCACACCAGUAUUGAUGUUUGGUAGUAUUAGUGCAAUACCCGAUUUACAGCUCUCUAAUAUCCACAAGGGCAAUAAUUUUUCCAGCGAGAAACCAAAUACCGUAAUCUUGCCUACUCUGUCAGAAAAUGGAAAAGUCCACAACUCUGAUAAUAAGUCUAGUGGAGACGAAAAGAUUGUGAACGGAAGUAAAUUCAAUGCAUUGCAUAAUAAGUCUAGUGGAGACGUAAAGAUUGUGAACGGAAGUAAAUUCAGUGCAUUGCAUGUAUCUGACAAUAAUAAUAAUAGUGAGAUAGACGUAAAACCUAUCUCGAAAAUGGCGAAUGGUAACUUAAAUGGUCCUACAGCUGAAGCAAAUCAUAAGGAGUCUUCUUGGAAGACAAAUAUCCCUGUUUUGGAUGCUCGAGAUAUUUUACCUCGGGGUUUGGUCAACUCCGGGAAUUUAUGCUUCCUAAAUGCAACGUUGCAGGCCCUUUUAGCCUGUUCUCCGUUUGUCCAGCUUUUACAGAGACUAAAAGCCAGUAACAUUCCGAAGGUCGGUUAUCCAACAUUAGCUGCAUUUGCUGAGUUUGUCGGUGAAUUUGAAUUGGUCGGCGGGCCCAACCUAAAGAAGAAAGACACCGUUGAACUUGAAUCUGGUAGACCUUUUAGACCUUCGAUGUUUGAAGGGGUGUUGAAAAAUUUUACUCCCGAUGUACCGAAUAGCAUUUCAGGCAGACCAAGACAAGAGGAUGCGCAAGAGUUUCUAAGUUUUGUUAUGGAUCAAAUGCACGAUGAAUUGCUAAAGCUUGAAGGUCAGUCGAACUUGGAUGGUAAAAAUUCUCUGGUUUCUACAUCGGAAGGCGAUGAGUGGGAAACAGUGGGUCCGAAGAAUAAAUCUGCUGUGACAAGAACACAGAGUUUUGUCCCUUCGGAACUGAGCUCGAUUUUUGGUGGGCAAUUGCGAAGUGUUGUGAAGGCAAAAGGGAAUAAAGCCUCUGCCACUGUGCAGCCGUUUCUUUUGCUGCAUUUAGAUAUUUCUUAUGAUGUAAUUCGAACUGUUGAAGAUGCUCUUCGUUUCUUUUCUGCCCCGGAAACACUCGAUGAGUACAGAGCACCUACUGCAGGAAAGGUUGGGGUUGUUGCUGCAAAGAAAUCGGUGAAUGUGCAAGCACUUCCGAAGAUAAUGAUUUUACAUUUGAAGCGUUUUGGCUACGGCAGAAAUGGAAGCACUAAAUUGCAUAAGGCUGUGUACUUCCCUCUCGAACUCGUUUUAAGCCGUGAUUUGCUUGUUUCUUCUACUAUGGAGGGCCGAAAAUACGAGCUAGUUUCGACAGUAACGCAUCAUGGGAGAGAAGCUUCGAAAGGUCACUAUACUGCAGAUGUGCGUUACCAUAACGGGCAGUGGGUCCGGUUCGAUGACUCGUCUCUUUCUGCAAUAAGCACGAACAAAGUGCUACACGAUCAAGCCUACCUUCUCUUCUACAAACAACUAUAGAGGAAAAUCAAUCGAACAAAUUAUUAUUAUGUUGUAAGAAAGUUUUGUUCUUUCAUUUAGUGGGGAGGGUGAUUUUAAUGUUAUUACACUACUUUGUUGGUACAUGAGUUGUGGGCAUGUAAAGGAAUUGACUUAUUUUGCAAGGUUUUUUAGAUAACUUAUAUUUAUUUGUUUCAUUGAUGAUGAAAUGCCCUUUAAACC